AGAUCAUACACUCGCACUCUACACAUGCACGAUGCGUUCCCUCCCUAACAUCAUCGUCACUGGCACGCCCGGUGUGGGUAAAACCACUACCAUCACCCAGCUCCUCUCCCUUGCACAGGAAGAACCUCAACCCCUCCACCUUAAACAUCUCUCCAUAAAUGACAUAGUCAAGGAUCGCCAGGCACAUACUGGAUAUGAUGAAGAGUUGCAGACUUUGAUCGUUGACGAGGAAAAGUUGAUGGACGAAGUGGAGAAAGAGAUCGAGGAUGGCGCUGGGUCCGGAGGCUGGAUCAUUGAUUGGCACUCGACAGAUGGCUUUGCCGUGAGGUGGGUGGACUUGGUGGUCGUCCUCAGGUGCGAAGAGACAAGUGUCCUAUUUGAUAGGCUGUCCGCAAGAGGUUACAAAGAUGCAAAAGUGCAAGAAAACAUGGACGCUGAGAUCUUUGGUGUCAUCGCCGAGGAGGCCAAAGAAGGUUGGGGAGAGGAUGGUUCUGUUGUCGAACUGCAGAGUAUCAAGGUCGAGGACAUUGAGCAAAAUGCCGCGUCCAUCUAUGAAUGGAUCUUAAACUGGGUCAAGGAUCAGAAAGACAAGCCAACUGCGACUUGAGCCACUAUGAUUACGCCUUUCUCCACCAAAUGUCUCGAGGGUCCAUCAUCGAAUCACGCCUCCAACUCACCCCCCGCCAGCCACGCCUUCAGUUUGGUCAGAGCCUUUCCUCGGUGCGAUACCUGAUUCUGAUCCAAAGUCAGUAGCGUCCACAUGCUACACUGUAAGAAUCGACGGAUGAUGGCAAGAGACGGCACCUGCUCUGUAAAC